UCUUCCUUCAAUGGAGAAAGGUGAGUGAAGCAGUGAAGAAAAGAGAAGAAUGACAGUAUCAGCAGGAAUCGGUUACGCUCUGGUAGCACUAGGACCAUCACUCUCCAUCUUCAUCUCCGUCAUCUCCAAAAAACCCUUCCUCAUUCUCACCGUUCUCUCCAGCACGCUGUUAUGGCUAAUCAGCUUGAUUGUACUGUCUGGAAUUUGGAGGGGGUUUCUUCCACUGAGUACAACAGCUUGGUGGCCUUACGCGAUUCUCAUACUCUCUUCCAUUGCUUUCCAAGAAGGGCUCAGGCUUUUCUUCUGGAAAAUAUAUAAGAGGUUAGAAGAUAUAUUAGAUGCUUUUGCUGACCGAGUUUCGAAACCGCAUCUUUUCCUAACUGAUAAGAUGCUGAUUGCCCUUGCUGGUGGUUUGGGCCAUGGUGUAGCCCAUGCUGUGUUCUUCUGCAUCAGCCUAUUAACUCCUGCAUUUGGUCCAGCUACAUAUUUCGUUGACAGAUGCUCGCAGGUUCCAUUUUUCCUUCUUUCUGCACUUAUUGGUCUUGCAUUUGUCACGAUUCACACAUUCUCAAUGGUCAUCGCGUUUAAUGGGUAUGCAGAGGGCAACAAAGUGGAUCAAUAUUUUGUUCCCAUUGUUCAUUUUGUUGCAGGAGCAGUGACAAUGGUAAAUUUGGCACCUGGGGGUUGUACUGUUGGCAUUCCUCUCCUUUACUUCGUAACGUUCUUGACCUUGAUUCAUUGUGGGAGGAUGGCUUGGAGAAGAUUGACAGAAAACUCAAUCAGGCUGAGCAACUCUUAGUAGUAAGUGAUAAUCUUUUGUAAAAAGUCCUGUCUUAGAUUGCUUCAGUCCUCGCCAUUCUGGUUGGAAUGUGUAGAAUUCCCAUUUCUUUCAUCGUCAUUGGGUCAGGGUUAUGGAGGUCUUGGUUGCACAAAAAGUUUAAUGAAGUCUAGGACGUUUCAUCAUUUAUGUUCAGGGAAAAAAUGUAGAUCAAUCAGAGAUUCUUGUAUACAUGUUAAAAUUUGAAUUAUGAAAUUCUAAAAUCCUUUUUUUCUUUCUCA